CAUGGAUCGGUGCUGGACCCCCCUGGCAGCGCGGUCCGCGCGCCAGGGGGUGGGGGGCCUGGCUCCGAUCCGACGCGCCGAAAGCGCAUGCUCAUGCCGAUGCUCCUUCUUCUGUACAUGCUGUACCGCGACGCCGCGCUGCGGGAUCUGCACAUAGACGUGCCGCACGAGUGGCAGUGCGUCUACCUGUCGCCGAACGAGGGGGGCAGCUGCAGCAGCAGGCCGUUAUUGCACGACCUCUGCACGCUCUUGCUCGGGUGGGCCGCCGUCGCGGAUAUCGCGCGUGGAACACCUGCGCCAGACAGGAGCCGAUACGAGUGGCAGCCGAUCCGCUUGGCCGCACCGGGGGCGUCGGUGGAAGAGGCCACUCGAAGAAGAAAUAGCGACAGUAACAUGAUUGUUCGGAGGCCCGCGUGGAAUUCUUGGACCGGCGCUGGACCCCCCCCUGGCGGCGUUUCCAGCGCCGCUUCUGGCGCGCAAGGGAGGGGGGUUCAGCGCAGGUCCAAGAAAUCGGCGCUGAUUUCCGAGGGCUUCUAUUUAUGUUGUUUUUUCUUCUUUUUGUCACAGCGGAGCAGGUGCUCGAGUGGGCCACAGCCAGGAUGGAACCCGGGUCACCGGCCUUGAGGGAGGAGCUGGAGGCUGAGGUGAUCAGCUUCCAGCAGGAGUUCAUGGGGGGCCGCGGCGUCGAGGCCGAGGGCAUGACCACGGGUGGGGGCACGCGCAGCAUCAACUGCGCAUUUGAGGCCGUGAUGUCCAGGGACGAGGCCCGCGGCCGCCCCGGCCCGCGCCUGCGGGUGCUGACUGGCAACCCGCACCUGGCAGUGGAGAGGGCCGCGCGGAGAUUCGGAUUUGAGGUGAUCAGGCUGGACGUGGAUGGCGCGAUAUGCGUCGACAAGCUUCGGGACCACAUCUCAGAUCCGUGCGUCACCGCUGUGUACGCGCAGUCGCUCAGCUACACCGACGGCACCAGCGAUGCGCUUGCGGAGGUCUUGGCCGUAGUGGAGUCUGAGAAUAAGGACCGUGCAGCCAAGGAGGGUGUGCCAGUGGUUCUGAUAAACGACAGUUGCCUGGCCUUCAGCGUGCUCAUCCACAACGAUGGUGAAGGCGGCUCCCGGAGCAUGCGCCUGCUCGACCUCGCGGAAGGCUGCAUCACCCCUGUCAUCGUCACGCAGGACGCGCACAAGCAUUUGGGCACCGACAAGGGCCUCUCGACGAUCGUGGGCACCCGCGGGAUCUUGUCGUCCCUACAGGGCGUCAGGCGGGUCGGUGCCCGGCCUGGAGCAGCGGACCUGAUGCGCGCCUUGGCGGACAUGAAGCUCGUGGGCAGGCAGGGCUAUGUCGAGCUGUACAGGGAACUCGAAGGGAGAAUCACCGAGGCUGCAAGCAAGAUUGAGUCUGCUGGCAUGAAAGUGCUCCACGCGCACAACAGGAUGCCGGGGUCCACCGUUAUCACGGUGGAGGAUCCUAGCGGGGCAGUUUCCACGAGAAUGAAGAAGAAGGGCUACCGCACUUCGCCAAUCUACCUCGCAUGUCCCAGCGCCGCCUCCGCGUGCCAGACUGGGUGGCAAUUGUGUCUGUCGCCUCACCAUUUACUUGAAACUUUUAUGGGGGAUCUUGUCCCGACGAGUCGGGCGGUCUACGGGUCCACCGUGGCCCGCUUGUCCAGGAGGUUCUUGCGCGAGAAUUCGCUCCUCGCAUUCCUGGUCGCUGGCAAUCCCGACACGUUCCUGUUCCAGUUGUUGCGAAAGGAGGGUAUCGGUCGCAAACUGGCUGGCCAUAUGAUCCGCAGAUACAUUACCGCCCAGCUCGACAGCGGGACCGUGCGCACCCUAAAGCGACGCGACCCAGUCUGGCAGUUUGCUUGCAAGGGCAGCUUGUGGUUGCUGCUACUCUCACUGUCGACAGCGCUGUUCAGAAGGCUGGCCGCUCUGAAACGUUCCCUGCGCGGCCGCUAGGCGGCCUGCUCCGUGGGGAGGGCAUGUGAGGAUCCUCUCGCGCCUCCGUCCACGAAAAAGGCGCUGGUUGAUCUUCCCACCGCGUGCGCUGCGCGCUGGAAGCGCCUUGCAUUCUGCUCCGUGCCUGUCCGCCAUGUACCGGACUGCACAGUAGCUGAAGUUCGGGCGUUUUUGAACUUGUUUUGGUUUCUGAGUGCUUCUCUUGACACUGUCACCUACGACAAGUACUUGGCGGGUUUUCCCAUCGUCGCUCAUUCACCACGAGAAGGGUGGAGCGUGUAAGAGUAAGAGUCUGAGUACGAUCCUGCCAUCGUCAAGCAACGGCGAAGCGUCCCGAUUUGCCCAUCAGCCCACCACAUAUUGUUCGAACCACUUUUUGGUGGUUUGCACGAGAUGUGCUCAGAACCUUUCUGGCGGAGGCAGUCUUGGUUCAAUUGCAGUUGUGAGUACUGUCGUUGUGAGAUUCGCCUUCGGUGGAUCUCUUUAUGAGGCCAUGA